AUGGGCAACAAUUACUCGCUCUUCGUGCCCCCAAAGCCUCAAUUUACCGAAGAAAAUCUCGAGCCACAAAAUGGACGGGUUUUUCUUGUCACGGGUGGUUACUCUGGCAUUGGCUUCGAGCUGAGUCGUAUGCUGUACCAAGCCGGCGGAACGGUUUAUAUCGCGGGUAGAUCCCAAGAGAAAGGCGAAAAAGCUAUUGCCGAGCUGAAGCAGCAGUAUCCCAACUCAGCCGGAAGUCUUUCGUUUCUGAAAAUAUCUUUGGACGACCUGCCAACAAUCAAGGCAGUCGCGAAAGAAUUCAUGUCAAAGGAAUCAAGACUCGAUGUCCUCUUCAACAACGCAGGUGUAUCCAUGCCCCCAGUAGGCUCAGUCUCAGCCCAAGGUUACGAACUCAGUAUGGCAACAAACGCCAUAGGACCAUGGUAUCUUACACAACUCCUCGUCCCGACUCUCAUCGAAACUGCAAAGAGCCAGCCUCCAGCCUCGGUCCGAGUCGUAUGGACAGCAUCCAUCGUGACAGACCUGUCCGUCCCCGAAGGAGGCGUCGACAUGAAAGAGGUUAUCAACCCGCCCGAAGACCAGGAAAUCAACUACAAAAAUUCAAAGACAGGAAACUGGUAUCUCUCUAGCGUGCUAGCAGAUCAGAUCGGCUCGCAAGGCGUGCUGAGCGUGUGCCAUAACCCUGGAAAUCUUCAUUCUUCUCUUCUGCGCCAUAUGCCGUGGUGGGUUCGGUAUAUGGUUUGGCCGGUUUUAUACCAUGCUCGGUACGGAGCAUACACGAACCUUUGGGCAGGGCUGUCGCCGGAUUUACAAAUUGAGGAUGGAGGGAGGUUUAUCUGGCCUUGGGGAAGAUUUCAUCCUUCUCCUAGGGAGGAUUUGUUGGCGAAUCUCAAGUCUAAGGAGCAUGGAGGGACUGGAGCCGCUGCUGAGUUUGCAGAGUAUUGUGAUAAGGUUAUUGCAGAGCAUAGGUGA